CAUUUCGGAGGGGACGGUAGAGCUGUGAAUGGCCGUGAGCAGCAGCGGCAGCGGCUUGUUGAUACUCUGGAGCCUUCACCAGUCCUGGCCGCGGGUCCUUCCCCUCCUGCACCGCCUCCUGCUCCCCUCUCACGCACCCAUGUUGCGCCUCUCAUAGCCACAGUGAAGUGGAUAAGACCUUAAGAAGUGGAGAAGACCCUGAGCAAUAUUCCAGAUGACUUAACUGUUGCAGCAAAAAUGUUGUUGAUUCACAUACCUGUGAUUCCAGGAAAUACUUGACACACUUGGACUGGACAGUAGAGCUACAGUCUCACUUUUUGCAGGAUAAAAAAGCACAAUGGUGCGCAACAAGCAGCCUCCACAGCAGCUGAAUGAAAUACAGCAGAGAAGAGCACAGUGGAACUUAAUUGAUGGUGCAGGUCCAGCAGACAAUCCUAGAGGUAAUGGUGAUGCAGAGGCAGGGCAGGAAGAUGAUGCUCAUCCAAGAGAUGAUGGAGAUGAUAUUGCUCUUUUAUUAAACAAUGAGUUAAUUGAUGAUGAUGAUGACGAUGCAGACUUUAUACCUGGCGCCCUGGGAGAUCCUGCCUUGCGACCACGAGAAGUACGCUGGGGUCGGUUUGCGCAAGUUCGGUAUGAAGAUGGAGAGGAUGAAUUUGUUGAUGAAUUUGAUGAUGAUGUUGCGUAUCUUCCAAGAAGGCGAGAGAGGGCAGUGCGUGAGGAAGUGAAUUAUGGUGAUUUUAAAAAUGUUCUUAACAAGUCUCAGUUUUAUGCAAAAGUUUUUAAGAAAAAUAAAGAUAGUGUAGUAAGUCCAAGAAAAGAAAGAGACAAUAGUUACUUUUGUAAUUUUGGAAAUAUAAGUUUUAAACUUAAAGAUAAAGUAACAUGUGAAGAUCUUCAUCAGAUACCUAGCUCAGAAUUUUGGGUAUAUGUGACUUUGGAAGCUAAUAGUAGUGCUCUCUAUUUUGAAUGGAGCUCCGGAGAGUCACCCAAAAAGUCAAAGCAGAGAAAGAAACCUGCUGACAAUUUUCGUCACUAUAUGAUAGAAGGUGUCUUGAAUGCAGAACUGUGGCAAGGUUUGUCCACCCAACGAUACUUUGAUCUUAAACUAGAGAGUUUUGAUGAUGUCAGUAAUGAAAUGACAUUAAGUGUUUUCUUGAAAAAAGGAGGUUUAUCUGAAUUAAAGCAUCCCAGUGAUAAUAUCCAAUGUAAUGAGUCUUUGGGUGCGGUAGUUUCUUAUUUCUUUGGUGUCCAUAUGUUUGCCUAUACUGGUACCAAAAAUUUGAAGCACGAUGUAGAAGAUCUAUUCACUGCUGUCAAGCACUGGCAUGCCGAUAAGGAAUACUGCUCCAUUGAUGUACAACACCCUAGUUUGAUCCCUCAGCUAAGGCCAUAUCAAAAGGCUGCUGUAAAGUGGAUGUUACACCAGGAAAAAUUUGGACAGGUGAAGAAUGGUGUGGAUAGCUCUAGUGACGUUCACUGCUUGUUUGUGGCAAUCACUAGUAAAGAUAACGUGACCCUUUACUUUAAUAGAUAUGGAGGUUUUCUUGUGAAGGACAAACCUCUAGCUGUCUUACCAACUCCAGGAGGCAUUCUUGCAGAUGAAAUGGGGCUAGGAAAGACAGUGGAGGUGCUCUCUUGCAUGCUAUGCCAUCCAAGACAGAAUAUUAAAAAGCCGGAUUAUCAAGAACCAAUUAACAUUGAAUCUCGGAAAACUAGCAAUGGAAGAAAAUCUAGUAAAAGACUAACAGGGAAUGAUAUUUUCACCCUUGAUGGUGUACCAGAAGAGGAGGAGGAGGAAGAGGUGAAGGGAAAUGUUGACUGUUUUUUGAAAGAUAGCAAGACUGAACAUAUCACGGAAGACAGCAAGACAGAACAUAUCACGGAAGACAGCAAGACGGAACAUAUGGAAGACAGCAAGAAUGAACUAGUGAGCAUGGAUUCUAACAUGACUGACGUAACUGGAGAAAUGCAAAACUUUAAAAGGACAAGGAAUUCAAAAAGAAAAACCACAGCAAGUCAAGUAAAGAAAGACUCAAGAAGUCCUGAAAAUCGUAUCAAGGUUCAUAUACCUAAGAGAGAGAAGGAAGAUGAUGAUAAAUUGAACAAGACUAGAAGACCAAAGACACGAGCUGCCAAAUUUUGCAGUGGUUAUGUGUCUUUGGAUGAUGAUGAUGAUAAGGAUUCAGACAAUAAUUAUGAACCUCCAGAGAAAAAAAAGUGCAUUAAAAAAACACGAACAAAGAAAACUGCUUUUAAUGUGGAACAAGAAAUCUCGGAUUGCACUUAUUGGUCAUCUAUUGAAUCUGCCAUUGUCAAGGAAUGCUGGGAUGGUAGAGUUAAAGACUAUAAAAAGGAAGGCUCCUUUAAGGACUUUUGCAAGUUUCUGAGGACAAGAAAAAAAGACCCGUAUUACAUGAUGUCACUGAGGGAAAAACUUCAGAUACAAUACAACAUUAGCAUGGCAAAAUACAGUGCCAGGGAGGUUGUAACACGGAAGACAAUACAAGGCUUUUUUGACACUAAAGUGGCACAAAAAAGUUACUUUGAGUGCCUCUGUGGGUCUGCAGAAACUGAAAUUCGGGAUGAAAAGUUUAGAGUACAGUGUUCAGUGUGUAGUCUGUGGCAGCAUGCAGACUGUGUGCAGUAUGAUGUGACAGAUCCCUAUAGAGGGGUGUAUAUCUGCCCACACUGUUGGACACAAGAGAAGCCAGUGGUGUCUGGAGCUACACUCAUUGUUACACCCUCAUCCAUUAGUUAUCAGUGGGUGAAUGAAAUCAUGAAACACUUGAAGCAUAAAGCCAUUAGAAUGUUGGUUUACAAAGGAGUGUCAACUCAAGGUUACAUGCAGCCCCUUUACCUUGCCAACUUCGACAUUGUCAUCACUACCUAUGAGACACUCAGCCGUGAACUUAACUAUGUGGACUUGCCUCACAGCAACAGUCAGAUGGGAAGAAGGUUUCGACAUCCAAAGAGAUUUAUGGCCACUCCAUCCCCUCUACCUUGUGUUGAAUGGUGGCGGGUGUGUCUGGAUGAGGCUCAGAUGGUAGAGUGUACCACUAACAAAACUGCAGAAAUGGCUCUCAGACUUGCAGCAACUAAUAGAUGGUGUGUGACUGGCACUCCUGUUCAGAAAACAGUGAAUGAGUUACAGGGCCUUCUGAUGUUUCUGGGGGUAGAUCCUUACUGGGUGGCACAGUGGUGGAACAGAUGCCUCUUUUUACCAUACUGCCAUGGUGUUAAGGAACAACUCCACAAUUUGGUAGCACAGUACAUGUGGCGAAAUGCAAAGAAAGAUGUUAUCCACCAGAUUGACAUUCCACAACAAGUUGAAGAGGUCCACUGGUUGUCCUUUACUCGUGUGGAAGAGCAUUUCUACCAACGUUUGCAUGCGGAGUGUUCUUACGAUGCGCAACAAAGACUGAAAAAGUUUACUGAUAUUAAGACUAAACUUAGCUCUUUGGACAGACCCACUCUCAACUCCCUGCUACAUCCUCUACUAAAACUACGCCAGGCCUGCAACCAUCCACAGGUGGUGAAGGGCCAAUUUCUCUCCAUGAAUCGCAAGACUAUGACAAUGGAAAUGCUUUUGGAGAACCUCAUAAAAAAGACAAAAUUGGAGACUGAAGAAGCUCAUCGUUUGUUGAUUUCAUCUAUGAAUGGUCUUGCUGGUGUACAUAUUAUUCAGGAAGAAUGGUCUCAGGCUGUCGAGAUGUAUCGUGCUGUUCUGCGAUCCAUCCAAGAGCAUGCAAACAUCAAGACGGAUUCAUUGCAGCGUCUUCAUACUCUUCAUAAUUUGGCCGAGGUCUUGGAGGCAGGUCAUUCAAACAUUGAGCCCACACUUAGAGAUAGUUCACUCAGGGAAGAGUCAGAAACAAUUCGUAAGCGCUACUUACAACACUAUCCACAGCAAGUUGCUGCAGCCGACUUGGAAUGCACUCAGAACUCAAAAGCUGUUGAGAGUUUAGAAAAGAAUCUUAAUCUCAAUAUAAGUUGGUGGUUAGGUGCCUUAGAAUCAUUUGACGAUGAUUUUGUAUUAGAAGUGAGAGAUGAGAUGCUGUCUUCAUAUUCUAGAUUUGAGGAGCAUAAAUGCCUUCUCUUUCCUGUCAAAACACGGGCACACUUACAAUUAGUUUUGAAUGCCGAGAUGAAAAAACUAAAAGAUCAGAGACUUGAAAUGAUCAAUGCAGUGAGACACUUGCAGACGCUAGAUCCAGCAUCUUUGCUUGAUGGAGCCAUCGAUUGCCAUCUUCGGCCAGCAGAAUCGGAGCCACCGCAGUGCAUGAUCUGUGCUACACAUGAACUUUUUGAGGAGUAUGAAGAAACACUGUUCUCAAUGCGGGAGUUAAAGCACAGCAGAACAACUGGUGUGUCAAAAGAAACUCAAGAUGUAAAAGAUAAAGCACAGGUAAUGCUAGCUACUCGUCGAGGACACUGGGGCCAGAGUGAAAAUGAGCGACUUUUAAGAUAUUUGCAAACAAAAUCUUUAGAAAGAGUAGAGAGAGAGAUAUAUAAUGAUUCUCAAACACACUUCAAGAUUUGGGAAGCAACAAAGAAAGAAUUUAAAAAUUAUCGUAUUCUGUGGCGUGCAAUUUUUGAUUCUGUGUCUGCAAUGGAUGAAGUCAACAUGGCCACAAUCCGACUUCGCUUACGUUUUCCAGACGAGGAGAUUCCUAAACAAAAAAAGAAAAAGGACAGAGAUGACUUGGAAAAGAAAACAGAAGCCCUGAGAUAUGUGUUAGAAUUGGGUGAAGUACCUCAGCAAGAGCUUAAGUUAAAAUCACAGCAAAUCGUUGCAACUAAUGACUUGAAAAUUAAGCUGGGUCAGCUCCUUUAUUUACAGAACCUUGCUAAGACAGAUUUUGGAAAAGACGGUGGAAAAAAUCCUGAACCAUGUCCUAUAUGUCAGGGUGAGCUAGGAGAGAAGUGGGCAGUUCUCCUUUGUGGUCAUUGCUACUGUAUGGAGUGCAUGAGAACUUUAUCAAAUCGAGGGUUUAAUGGAACUGACAAGAGUGCUGUAAAGUGUCCCAUGUGCCGCCAACCAACUCGAACCCGCGAGAUCUCGUAUGUGGAUACCAAGGCAAAGGAAGUUGAAGACGUCAAGGUGCAAGGAAGUCUGUCUACCAAAAUGGAGGGAGUAGUUCGUCUCAUGUUAAAAAUCAAGCUUGCGGAUCCCGAGGCCAAAGUGCUUGUGUUUUCUUCCUGGGCGGAUGUUCUUGAUGUUAUAGCAGAUGCAUUUGCCCAAAAUGGCAUCACAUAUAGAGCUCUCCAUCAGCGUUCAAAGUUUCAGAGGCAUCUGGCAUCAUUCAAAACUAGCAAUCAGAUCACAGCACUGUUGCUUCCUAUAUCAUCUGGUGCUAAUGGCCUUAACAUUAUUGAAGCACGCCAUGUCAUCUUGGUCGAGCCUAUUCUAAACCCUGCUGCAGAGUUGCAGGCAAUUGGGAGAGUUCACCGCAUUGGCCAGACAAAAGAAACAAUUGUUCACAGAUUUCUUGUGCGAGGAACCAUUGAAGAAAGAAUGUACCAUAUUUUGCGUCACCAUCACGAGUCCCACCACACUGAUGAGAAUACAGUUACUAUCGAGGACCUAAAAAAUCUUUUCCUGCAUCCAGAAGAAUUGGAAUUGCAAAAGGAAUUGAUCAUGACUCGUAACCAAAUCAGUGCCUCUGAGAGGACCACUGGAGAUCGUCGUCUGACCACAGGCAAUCUUCGGGAACAGGAAGACUUCCAGAAUAUCAGUCUCGCUUAUCAAGCUAGCAAACACCAAGGAGUCGGAUUUUCAAGCAAUGUGGAUUCUUCAUCUCUACCCUCCACCAGCAAUUUAUCCCAACCAUUGGCCAUUAACGGUUCUCGGUCCUCAACCUUGAGCUUUCCACCGCCAUCAGUGAGUGGCAUGCCUCAAGCAUCAACCAGUAAUGUUUCUCUUCAAUCAAUCAGUAGCAUUUAUCAUUCAUCAACCAACAGUCCAUCACAGUCAUCCACCAGUAAUAUAUCUCAAUCAUCAACUAUUAAAUUAUCAUGCCCAUCAACCAGUAAUACAUCUCAAUCAUCAACCAGUAAUAUACAUCAUUCAUCAACCAGCAAUACUUCUCAGUUAUCAAAUAGUAAUACUUCUCCAUUAUUUAACAGUAAUACUUUUCAAUUAUCAAAUAGUAACUUCUCACCCCCAUCAACCAGUAAUUUAUCUCAGUCUUUAAACAAUAAUGUCUCAUGCACAUCAACUAGUAACUCUACUCAAGUAUCAACCAAUAAAUUGUCACAGCUAUCAACCACUAAUACUUCUCAAACAUCAUUAAUUAAUUUCUCAUGUCCAUCAACUAACAAUUUACAUCAAACUUCAGGUAGUAAUUCACACGAAUCAACAAGUGAUAUGUCUCAACCAGUAGCCACUAACGGUCUUCAGGCGACUAGUAUUGCUUUCCAAGCAAUCUCUAGUAAUAUAACCCAGACCAGCAGCUUCGAUGAACCUGCCACCCUAAAUUUGUCUCAGGUCUUCCAGUAAUGAUUCACAGACACCAUUUAUUUGUUUAGGAUCAGACAUCAGCAGUUAAUAUUCACAAUAGUCAGCUAGUGCAGUAUAUGGCCUCGGCUUUUAACUCUAGGUGGCUCAAGCAGCAAUAUUCUUUGUCUGCCAGUGUUCCAGCAGUCAGUGAGUUGUGCAUCUCGACCAUCUGCUAAUGCGGUCGGGUAUUGCUGAGGUCAGCCAGUGACAUGCUUUACUAUAUGCUAACUAUGUAACUGUGAGCAGUGUAUCUCAUUGUCACUCACUCGUAUGUCUCAACCUCAUACAGUGCGCCGAUUACAUUGUAUUCAAAUCCAUUCACUGUUUUUUAUCAGUCAAAUUUUUAGUUGUCAAUUUUGUAACUAAAUUUUUAAACACUCAAUCACCACCCAACAUUUCCAUCAGUUCCAAAUCAAUCUAACACUGAAUUCAUAUUCAUUUUAAAACAGUCACAGCUCUUUAUGACUGAGAGUACAGUUAUUAAAUUGCCUUAGAAAAAAAAUACUUAGCAACUAGUCAGCACAAUACACAAUCUUUUUACACAAAAAAUAUAAUGACUAAAAACUAACUUGAUGAGAUCUGUUUUAUCACGGCUUAUAGAUAUUUUAAUUAAGCCAGCACAGAUUCUGUAACAUACUUUCCUUCAAAUCAUCAUAAUCAUUUUGGUAUUUUAAAAACCCUAUUGCAAUUGAAUGAUUGAUUAAUGAACAUAUAAUUAGCAAAGCCAUGCCAUAUAUCAAAGGAAAGAUAAAUGUUUCAAGCCAUCAAGUUGCACUACACGAGCUUUGUGAAAUGAACAUUUGAGGCAUCUGGCAUCCAUAUCACUGAGGUUGUGACAUUGUCUAUCUGGGUUUGAGAAGAUUGUACCUGAAUCAUUAUGCUGUGGAUUGCAGCAUAUUACAUAUAACAAGAUGCGCCUCUUUUUUUUUCCUAUUUCUUUCCAGAAGCCUCAUGAGUCUGCUGCAAAUUAUAUAGGCUAUGGAGCUUAGAAGCGGCAAUAAAAGUUAUAUUUUAUAGAAAAUUAAAAAAACUUGUGUCUCCAAAUUUUGCCACAUGAAAAUCCAUGCACGGAUGAACAGAAGUAUAUAAACACAUUCUUAAUUGGCAGCAGCCAGAUGAGUACACUCUGGAGAGCCAGAGACAAGACAUGUUCAAUGAGCUCACAAUACAGUAUCUAGAGCACACGUACAAAAAUAAAAUAUAUAUAUAUAUA